AUUCCUCUUUAAAACAAUGCUAUACAGUUGGUAAAUUUAAAGAAAUGUAUGUGUUGCGUUUCUUAACCCAGAUAGGCUAAUUGUUCUUCUUACCCUUGCACUCCCUCCCUCCCCUCCUCCCUUUAGUGUUUUGUAGCUUUUCUUCCUCCCCUCUCCCUAGUGCCUUCUCUUCCGGCGGUUGAAUGGAGAGGCUGAGUUCUCUGGAGCCUGCACACCCCUUGCCUGGUGCAGGGCCCAUUGCUGGGGUUCCUGUUGGCAAGAUGGCAGGGGCUUUGGGAGAUGAGGUGACAACUUUAGCUAGCUCCAAACUGUUUUGGUGUGCAUGUGUGAAACGCUGGCUUCCACCCACAUACAGAGAGGAACUCUACCAUGUUUUACGUCUUACAGGCCCACUGCUGCUUUCACGGAUUCUGAACUUUCUCCUGCCGUUUGUUACCACCAUAUUCUGUGGUCACAUUGGCAAUGCAGAACUGGCUGGAUAUGCACUUGCCUCAGCGACAAUUAACUUCACCACAACUGCAACAGGCUAUGGCCUUGGCUUGGCUUGUGACACUCUUAUUUCUCAGACAUUUGGUAGUAAGAACAUGAAACGUGUGGGUGCAAUCCUACAAAGAGGUUCACUGAUUCUGCUGCUGUUUUGUUUGCCUUGUUGGAGUCUUCUCAUUAACGCUCAAAACCUGCUACUCAUGAUGCAACAAGAGGAUGAGGUGGCCAGAAUUGCCCAACUCUAUGUGAUGGUGUUUCUACCAGCUGUUCCGGCCAUGUUCCUGCACCAGCUGCAGGUUGCCUACCUGCAAAACCAGGGGAUUAUUCUCCCUCAGAUGUACACAGCAGCAGUUGCAAACAUUUUUAACUUGGGGCUCAACUACCUCUUAAUCUCCGUCCUCAAGUUGGGUGUCAUUGGAUCUGCAAUCGCAAACAGCCUCUCACAGAUCAUCAUCUGCCUGCUGUUGUUUGGCUACAUCAGAUGGAAGAAGCUCCAUCGUCAGACAUGGGGAGGCUGGUCCACUGACUGUUUGCAGGAAUGGGGCUCUUACAUGAAGUUGGCAGUUCCCAGUGUAUUUAUGAUCUGCUUUGAAUGGUGGGUUUGGGAAGUUGGUGGAUUCCUUGCAGGUGUGCUCGGAGAGUUGGAUCUUGCUGCACAGCAUAUAUUUUUGGAAAUAGGAACCAUCACUUACAUGAUUCCAUUAGGUGUCCAUGCAGUUGCCUGUGUACGUGUUGGGAACGCUCUCGGGGCAGGUGACACUGCCAGAGCCAUUGUCACCUGCAAAGUGACCCUUGUACUCACAGGGGUGCUUGCUGUGUUCCAGAGUAUUUGCAUCGCUGGCUUCAAGUCGAAUGUUGGCUUCAUAUUUACUUCUGAUGUUAAAAUUGUGGAGAUUGUGUCAGACAGCAUGACAAUCUACAUAUUUCUACAAUUCUUUGAUGCACUUUUGUGUGUGUGCUCAGGGAUUCUCGUUGGAGCUGGUAUGCAAAAAAUUGCUGCUUUGUCCAACCUCGUGAGUUACUACUGUCUUGGCCUGCCAGUAGGAAUAGCUCUGAUGUUUGCUGCCCAGCUGAGGCUAUUAGGCUUCUGGCUGGGACUCCUGAUUACAGUUUGCCUUCAGACGGUAUUUUUUCUUGUUCUAAUCUUUAAACUUAACUGGAAAAAAGUCACGCGCAAGGCUCAAGUGCGAGCUGGGAAGACUGUGGUGGUGACACCAAAAUGUCCUGGUAGUAUUGCGUUAAACGAAACAAAGCUGCCAGUCACAACUGAGUGCUCAGACACAGUCCAGUUGAGCAGUGAAACAGCGGUUAAAACAAAUGGUUACAGCUCCGUCAGCGUGCAGGAUCAGGAGCUGAAGGCAGUUCAAGAAGCUGAGGGAAACGACACUAAUGCAGGAGAGACUGGGUGGGAUACUGAGCAAAGCAAGAACACUUCCACCACCAAACCUCAAGAGAAGCUUUCUGUCUCUCAACUGAUUAUCCGUCGUGGAGGCACCUUGUUGGUUUCAGUUCUUAUUUUGAUAAUAGGCAUUGCGUUCCGCAUUGCUUUCCCUCCACCAGAGCCGACUGCCCAUAGUAGGGCCAACUUUACCUUAAACUGGGCUAAUGACUCCACUCCUGCAACGCCAGUUAUACUGAAUCCGACCCCGACCCUCUGAGCUGCACUGGACCCCAGAAGGGAGACACCAUGUGGCUGCAAACUUUUCUCACUAAAGUGUUGAAUAAUUUGAAAGCCUGACUUUGGCUUUUGGUUCUAUGAUGUCUCAGUGUUGAUUGCUGAGCAAAUCCACAGAAUGGAGGAAACAUCAAAUGUUACUGACAGUGACAGGAAGAGCAAAAGGUCUUGUUAAAAACAUCUGUUCAGUCUGAGAUGUGCUACUGGGAUAACUGUACACAUUAAAAAUACCUCAGAAGACAUCA